AUUAUAAAAGAACAGUAGAUCAAGACUACGUACUUAGUGCUUGCCAGAGGGCCGUGCAGACACUAUGUUCACUUUGUUAAUUGCAUUUGCUGGCUUGUUUGCAGCAGGCCAGGCGGCCGCUGCCUACCAUGACCCCCAUUGCGAUGGCCGUCAAGUGAUCGUCCACUUGUUUGAGUGGAAAUGGACGGAUAUUGCAAAAGAGUGUGAGCGCUAUCUAGGACCCAAGGGAUUCUGCGGAGUGCAAACAUCGCCAGCCAACGAACACGCCAUCGUUACUACAGACGCCAUGAGACCUUGGUGGGAACGCUACCAGCCAGUCAGCUACAAGCUUGUCAGCCGAAGUGGUAAUGAAGCUCAGUUCAAAGACAUGGUGCAGAGGUGCAAAAACGUCGGUGUCAGGAUCUUCGUGGACGUCGUGGUGAAUCACAUGGCGGGUUUAGGUCGUGUUGGUCCAGGUUCUGGUGGCUCUCAAUUCAACUCAGACAACCUCGACUUCCCUGGGGUUCCCUUUUCUAAACAGAAUUUCAACGCCAAGAGCAAAUGUCCCUCUGGUGACGGAAAUGUUAAUGACUACAACAACCCCGCUAACGUCAGGAACUGCUACCUGGUGGGGCUCACUGAUCUGGACCAAUCUCAGUCCUACGUACAAGACAAGAUCGCCGGUUUCUUUAACCACAUGAUCGACAUUGGCGUCGCUGGCUUCAGAGUUGACGCAGCCAAACACAUGUGGCCAAAUGACUUCAAGGCUAUUCAAGGCAAAACCAAAAAUUUGCCAGAAGGAGGAAGACCAUUCUUUUACCAGGAGGUCAUUGACCGUAACGACGGCGCUAUCAAGGUCAACGAAUACUUCGACUUAGGUUACGUCACAGAGUUCCGUUACCUCCAGAAGGUACGCGACGGUGCCAAUGACCUGGGCAGGCUGGGCGGUGUCUACGACCCAGGCUGGGGAAUGGCUCCAUCCGACCAGGCUUUUGUUUUCGUCGACAACCACGACACGCAGAGAGGCGGCGGGUCUCUCACUUACAAGAACGGCGCUGAAUUCACUCGCGCCAAUGCCUUCACCCUGGCUUACAACUACGGGUUCACACGAGUAAUGAGCAGCUACUACUUCAAUGGCGACGCCGAGGGCCCACCACACAACUCCGACUAUAGCACCAAGGACGUCACCAUCAAGAGCGACGGCUCUUGCGGAAAUGGAUGGGUGUGUGAACACAGAUGGAAGCCUAUUGGCAACAUGGCAGCUUUCAGAAACUAUGUCGCAGGAACUGACGUCAACAACUGGAAAUACGAAGGGGGCGUACUAUCCUUCAGCAGAGGAAACAAAGGAUUCUUCGCCAUGUCUAACAAUGAUUUCAACAAAAACAUCCAUACAAACCUCCCAGCGGGCGAGUAUUGUGACCUCAUUAGUGAGUGCGGCACCAAGAUUAAAGUGGACGGCUCUGGCAACGCCCAGGUCAAGCCUGCGUCAGGCAGUGAUCCAUUUGUGGCCAUCAUCACAGGCGACGUUGGAGGGGGAUUCCACCCAGGAACUGUAUCUCCCGGAGGCGACACCAAUACCCAGGCUCCCGGUACCCUCCCUCCUUACCACCCCCCAGCUGAUGGAAAGUUCGUGAGGACCAUCAUCAUGAUGCAGAAGCAAACAGUGUCUGGACAGGACUUGUUCAUUAGAGGAGGAAUUGAUCACAAACAUAGAUCAGGCUGUACCAAUGACGCUACCACCAGUGCGUGUGCCAUCCCCAUCAAGCACUUGGCCGAUGGAACCUCAAAUCACUUCGCUGGGGUGAACGCGUGGAAAAAGGGGGACAAUUUCCUUGAUUGGUAUGGAGCUGAAUCAGGUCAAGGAUCCUUCCAUGGCCGUAAGGCUCAGGGAACCCCAGCCUUCUGGUCCACAAAUGAUAAAAGCAAUGCCGGAUACAACGCGCUCAAUAC